AUACGGCCGACCAGUCACCACUCAGGCGGCGUAUCUACUGCUGUCCGACACGCGAUCUCUUUUUCUCCUUCUCUUAAGCGCGCUGGUUUUCUCUUUUCUCUCUCUCUCUCUCUCUCUCUCACUUUCUCCCUCCCCCUCUUCUCUCUGUCUCAUCUUUUCUUUCUAUUUCUCUCUUUCGUCUGCCGAUCGUACCUCCGCCGGUUUCGUUGAGGACGCGAGGUCCAGGAAAAAGAAAACAUUGUGGUGCCUGCGUGCGUGAUCGACGGGACUGCGUUCGAUCCGCGAAUUGAUUCGAAGGGUGAAGGGCGAAGUUAGUGACGUUUGAUCUACGAUGCGUCUCAUUAAUUUUGAGACCAUCAUUAUUCCUUGAUUUUGUCAUUGAAGUUAAGGGAAACAAACAGGGUCCAAUCAUGCACAAAUAACUGCGGGGAAGGACAGAGUGAUGGGAAGAGUGUCCAUGUGUCAGUGACCGCGCAAGUGUAUAUUGGCAACCGAUAGUGCACGGGAUUACCGUGAAGAGAUCAACGUGCCAGUGUCGGAUGGUGAUCGUAAAGUAGAUGUAUUCAUGGGCCACCCUCCAACCGCCCUGAUUGCGCUGUUCUUCUUCCCCUCGCGUUUCGCACGUAGAAAGUGUCGUUUAGAUUAAUGGAUGCACGUUGAAGACAUCGUGCAGAGUGUCUUCCUCUCUUGAUUUCGUUUUAAGAAAAACGUGUGAGCUUUCAUAUACAAUCUUUCGUUCGAGCCCUGAGAGAAGCAAGUUGUCACAUCCCUCUGUUCUGCGUCCCUCGGAAGAAGUGUCUUCCAUCGAGUUAUUUACGUUCCGUUCGUCUAAAUCCGCGCAACUAUCAACCUGGGUGUUCCUUGGACAAUCAUUGAAUCUAAAUCAAUCUCUCGCUGACAACGAGAAUGUAACACCCGAACCAGAAGUAAGGCCGAGAAACGAAGCUGAAAAGAAACCAUAGCAAAUAGCUGCAUAGAAGUUCUGGAGUAAGACCAAGAGCAAAAGCCAAAGCGACAGCCGUCAAGGCUAGCAUGUACUGAUGAAGAGCCGAAGGUCGCGGAGGAUCUUAUCGGAGCACGGAAUCACGAGAUUGUCGCUCACGUGGCAAGGCGAAUCGUUAUCCGGACACGCCGUUCGUCUAGCUUUCCCCUCGACAAGAUAUUUGCUCGGGAAGGUGGUCACAACGCAACAAACGACGGUGACGAGUUGUCCGGGUGGCGGAGGCGGAGGAGGCGGUGGUGGCGGCGGCGGUGGCGGCGACGGUGGUGGUAGUGGUGGUGACGGCGGUGGCGAUCAGGAGACGCUUCCGUAUGCAGGCGCAACGGACACGGUAGAGGAGGUGGAGGUAGAGGUCGACGAGGUUAAGAUGGAAGCAGAGGACCAUUUGGCGAGGGAGUAUGUGCAGGAGUUUGUCCUCGAUCAUCUGGAUCCCGCCGACGUCAAGCGAGAGGUACGAAUGGGUUCGCCGACCGUGAUGGUGAACGGUAGCGUGGUGCAGCUUUCGGGACCGGUGCAACCGCAGGCUUUGACUCUGGCGCCGCUGACGCCGCCUGCGCACGAGCUGGAGCAGCCGCAUCCGCUGUACGGCCAGCCGCACAUUCAGGUGCAACACGGCGUCCUGGUGAAGGCACCGCCGGGCACAGCGGCGCAUCUCACCACGCUGUCGCAUCCGGGCACGCCGCCGGACACGCCGCCGGUCUCGGCCUCGCCGCCGCCGUUGCAGCUGCACCGCGGCGACCGGGAGCUGCGAGAGCCGCGCGAUGCCCGCGACCGCGGCGGCAUAUUGUUGCAGUUGCAGCAGCCGGGGCUGGUGCAGGAGGAGAUAGGAGUGAGCGCGGGUGGCAUGGGCUGGUUGACGCAGUCGUUGAGGCAGGAGCCGCUAGACCUGAGGCCGCAUUGCCCUCAGGAGCAAACCCCGGAGUCUCAUCAUGAGCCAUGGUCGUCCACGUCGGCGCAUCAUCAUUUCCAGGAGUUACAGCAACUGCCGCGACCUGCCAGACACGCGGGUGGUUACUUGACGAUGUCGAGUCAUCUCGAUUAUUAUGGCGGUCCUGGCGCAGGAGGUGGCAUGAUUCCCGGGAACGGAGGUGUAAUGCAAGGAAUAGAAGACAGCAUGCAGGGCAUGUCAUUGCAACCGGGCAGGCCCUUGAGUGUGUGUUCAGUGAGCUCUUGCGGCGUCGGUGGGCCCAGUCCGGCCCAUCGUGCGAGCAACGGCCUGUACUCCAAUUGCAACGGCUCGAAUCCUCAGGACGAGCUGAUGAACGACGAGCUCCUGAUGUCGCUUUCGGUGCGCGAGCUCAACAAACGUCUUCAUGGAUGCCCGCGAGAGGAGAGAACCCUGGUCAUGUGCAAAGGUUGUGAGGCUGAAGCAAAAGCGGCGGACGUUGAAGAAUCGCGGUUAUGCACAGAACUGCCGCAGCAAGCGGCUGCAGCAACGCCACGAUCUCGAAACCACCAAUCGGAAUCUGCAGAACGAGCUGCAACGUACGAAGGUCGAGCUGUCGCGGCUUCAGCAGGAGUGCGAUCUUUACAAGCAGCGAUACGAGAUGCUGAGAUCGCAACAGAGCCACCACCACAAUCACAAUCAGAACCAUCAUCAGCAGCAGACGUCGCAGCAGCAGCAGCAGCAGCAGCAACACAGGACGCAAAGCCAGCAGCCACAUCCGCAGCAGCAGCAACAACAGCAACAUCAACCGGCACCUGCGAGUCCCGAAGUCUACCUGUGACAUCGACAGCGCCGAGGAGGCGCUUGUUGGACUUGAAGAAUCUUUCGUUGCCGGUUGAUCGAUGGAUUCUCCAUUGCUUGACCACGGAUUGCAAAGAAUCGGCGGGAUCGCGAGAAGCAGUUUUUCAAUCGAGACUUAAGCACUCUCUAAGCUAUAUACGUGUAUAUAACGCUCAAUUUCUUGAUUUAUAUCGUUAUUUUCGGGCCGCACGACCGAAUGCUCGGCUGUCGAUGGGCUGAUCUUGUAAAACAUGUAAGCGGUUACUUCCCGUAACUGAAGUAUCAAUAGAUUAAAGGCAUCUAGAUGAAUCAACGUAGCAUAUAUGUGUUAGGCUGGGCGACUUCGUCGAGUAUUCUGCGAACAUACGAAGGCAAAAAGAUCGCCGUAGAGCAAACUGAGCCGAGAGAAAAGCUUGCGUUAAGUAACGUAGUAUUAAGACAUCUGUGUCCUGUUUGUUAUGUAAUUCUUAGCAAAUGGUUUUAUAUAGUUACGUUUCGUUAUUAAUAAUAUUAUUCAAUGGAACGUGUGCGGGUAUCCGAAAUCAUAUUGAGGCUUGUGUGAGAUGAAAUUCGACUGGCUUGAAACUGCUCGGAAUCUUAAAAGUUUCUCAGCACUCAAAUGUCCGAGCAUUUGUAGCUUCAGAUAUAGGUUGAUAUAAAUAGAAAUGAGACGUCAUUGCAAUUGAUGUUUCGAGUUACGUUGUACGCUCCCUUACAGCACAAAAUAUUGCUAAAUAUUGCAAAAAUAUUGCAACAUAUUACAAACAUUAUAGAAAUAUUUCAGAAACAUUGUAAUUAUAAUCCUGGUAGAAAUCUGUGCACUUUUACUAGACACCUAAUCAGUUACUGUCUAGUAUUACUGCAUUCUUAUUAAUUGUAUUAAUACUGUGUAGGAAAUGGACAAGAAUUUGAUAAAAUUUUAUUCGAUAACUGAAACAGUUUUCCUGGUAAAAAUAUGUACAGUUGCGUAGGCAACUGCCCAGUUAUUGUCUAGUAUUACUGCAUCUUAUAGAUGCAUCGAAACUGCGCAAGAACUGGAAAGGAACUGAACAUAAUUUUAUUAAGUUUUAUAUAUUCAGAGUUCAGAUACUGCUCAUUUUUUGUGCCCCGUAACUGCAGACAAAACAUUACGUCUUGAUCAGGACCCCAACAAUUUUAUUCGUCAGUUACUGGGCAGGAGUUAAUAUAACUGUUCAUUAACUGCUUACAAAUUGCACGAAAUUUCUACCAAGGUAGAAAUGUUGAUGUAAAUCUUUCCGUAAAUAUAUAAUGCAAUAUAUCAAUCUUACAAAAUAAUAUUCAUGAAAUGUCUCAGAAAUAUAUUUUGUUGUAUAGGGACUACGUAAUUAAAAUCUCAAAGUGAACUUGAAUUGAAAAUUCUGUACGUUAACAAACAAUUUCUGGCACCCGCUCACUGCUCGCUAUCACGUAUUUGACUUUAUGAACAUAUUAAAGAGGAAGUUGUCGCAAUUGCAAUUUGAUCUCGAAGAAAGAAGAAAUUGUUAUAGACCUUGCGACUUUAAUUAAGACUUGAUUUACCUUAUAUAAAUGAGGAGGGUCCGAAGUUGAGGCCGAAACGUUUUAAACUGUUUUGAUGUAAUAGAUAAAAUAAAGUACGUUCUGUUAAUAACAGUUGGCUCACAUAGACCACGUCCAAUCUUUUUGUCUCGAAGAAAAUUUCGGACAUUACCUAACCCAAUACUUUCGGAUAUCUCACACUCGUGUAUUAUUCUCCAGUUCCGUUCGUGACUCGGCAGAUAUUUCGCGUUUAUCAUCUAUUCAUCUCAUUCGAUCUCAUAGAUUAUGAUCAAGAUUCCGAUCGUAUUUCGAGUCGUCCCAUCUAUUUGCCUGAGCUUCUGUUUUUAGAGAUUCGAAUGACUGUGCACGUCGAAGAAAAUCACUUGACGAUCCGCGCUCGUUUUAUUUGGCGGAAAUUGAGACCAUGUUGCAUAAUUUCGGUGCAUUCAAAUUUGUAUUUGAUUCAACAGGGAAAGUGCACAUAAACUCGAUAAUAUCCACCAGAUAGAUAAAUUUUCGAUUUAAUGCAUCGUAUCUAGAUACUGAUGUGUGUCAUAAUUAAUAUGUUACUAUUUUGUCAGCAGUAAUCAGUGACAGGUUGUGCAUUAGAUGCAAGUGCGCGCCUGAAAUUUUGUUGUUACAAGGCCACAAAAGAAAUAAAAUGUUUUUAUUUCGUUUUAUUAAUUAAUAAGUUAAAUACAAUAAUAACAAUAAUAAACAAAUAUUUCGUUGUGUUCAAUGAUGUUAUUUCUUUUUUUACAGAGGGCAUUAUUUUUCCAUGCUAUGAAUAGAAAUGUGUUCAGCGUCUAAUAGAAUUAUUAGUAAUGUUUGACGUUUUAACUGACCUUUUAACUGACGUUUUAACUGACUUCAUGCUACAUAAUAGGCUUAGAACGUUUUUGAAGAAAUCUAAGAAACGUUCAGAAUAGAUAUAUAUAAUAUAAUAUAAAUUUUGGUUCCAUUUUUGGCAAGUUAAUUUGCUUUUUUACUAUUAAUGUAUUAAAAGGGUUUUUGAUUAUUGACAGAGUGUCCCAAAAUUGCCGGGCAAUACUUUAAUAGCACGUAUUCUAGAUCUUGGUCGGAGUUGAAAAUUCUAAUAGAGAUAAACGUCGAGGAAAUUAAGGAGAUAUUGUAGAAGUGUGCAAAUAAAAUAUGGGACACCCUGUAUAUAUAUGUGUGAUUUAUAUACAUAUUUCUAUUGAUAUGUUUAAAGUUUUUUCGUUUAGAGGUUUAUAUAUUUAUAUGAGAUAUACACGUAAUAUUUAUGUGACUAUUUUUUCAUGAAAAGUAGGACAAAUGUAUAAAAAGACAAUAUACUUGCUUUUCUCUCGUACAUCAAUGGACCAGUAUCUAACACGAUCUCCAUUUCCAAGAAAGAAAAGAGAAAUUGUACUUUGGACUUUUAAAGAGGGAGCGAGAUCAUCAUAUCAAAUGUCGCCUAAGGAUUUCAAAAUACCAAAAUCCGCCAUUGUAAAUAGGCAUUAUAUAUGACAGCCUACGAUACGAUACGUUCUUUCUGAAAAUGCUUCUAGGAAAUAUAUGUAAUAAAUAUGAAGUUGUAUAUGCAGAGUUAGUCACCUAAAAAAAAAAGCAGAACUUUUUAACAUUUCUCUUGCAUUCGAAGGUAACGCCAAAUGUACUUUAUGGCGAAUUUAAUGUUUACACCGUCGCAAAUAAAUACGAGAAUUGGACUUUUAUGUGCCUAGUAACAAUAUCUGAACUCACUGAAAUUGCGGUGAUAUCAAACUCAAAAGUUAUUUACAAAAGUAUUUCGGUGUAAGUGAACUUAUUGUGCCAACUUAUUCAUAGCGACAUAUUGUAAUUUAAUUUUUGUUAAUCUGUUAUGUGAGCAAAGAGAGAGAGAGAGAGAGAGAGAGAGAGAGAGAGAGAGAGAGAGAGAGAGAGAGAGAGAGAGAGAGAGAGAGAGA